CUGGAACCAGACGUAUGUAGCUAUAGAGGUGCCUUUCUCGUGAUUGCGCCUCUCUUUGCAUAAUUUUGUUCGAGUCUGCUGGUGUAACUAUGGGAUCUCUUCUUGUCUUCAAAAUUAUAUUGUGGAUAGCAGCCGUCGUUUGCGCCGUCAUCGUAGUGGCCGUCACAGAGGAAAAGUUGCGAGCAACAGACGGUGGCAUUGACAUCUGCGCUAUUGGUUUUACUGUGGAGGGUGACCUUAGGGGUUACACCGACCAUAAACAAGCGUGCCACCUCGCACUUGCUGCCGGAGUUAUUGGCAUGGUGUUUGGAAUACUUGGCUUUGUGUUGGAGAUAGUGGUGGAGAAGGGCGGUGCUGUAAUGAUCGUCGUGAAGAAGUUCAUUUUUCUUGGUCUCAUGAUACUCGCCAUUGUGAUCGCAGUGCUGUGGAUUGCUACGUUUGUCUAUCUCAUCUAUCUGUGGGAAGAGAAAACAACAGAUGGUCUUACAGAUGAAACAAAGAAAAGUGGACGAGCUGUUCUUGCUUUCACUGCUAUUUCAGCUGCUAUACAGGUGGUCCUGGUCGUGCUGGAGAAGAUAGAUCACGGCAACGCUCUUAGCGUGCCCAUUCCCUGAACUGCAGAAUGAAGAAGUAAAUUUUCCUUCAAUGUUUCUUGAAUUUGUUGGUAACUGGCGGAUUACUAAAACUUUCCGUUUUCUUUAUUUCGGCAAAUGCUGCUGGGGUAAUUUCUCUAAAUUUCGCAUCACUAGUUAAUUGCAUGCUUUUUAGUCACUAUUUUGUUGCUAGACUGUCCUUCCAUUUGUACUUGGGACCGCCAGAUUACUAACAGAAUGUGACUACAGUGAGAUUAGCUGGAUGUCCCGUGUAGUUACAAUAUGAAUGUCCGUUUAAUUAAUGAACUGGACGCUAGCAAUCCGGAUAUAACAUGACGCAAUUAUUUAAUUAUUUGCGUUUAGCAAACGAGUAAAAAAUUAGCAGUCAAUAAAUCAAUAAAUCUUUAAUAUUUGUCUUCAAUGUAAAACGUGUAAAUUAUUACGUCAAUUAAACGUCGUGGAUUGCAUCUGAUGUAAACUAUUGUACUAGAAUAUUAGCUGUACAUGUACACACUAGAAUUUGCAACCGAAUAACUUUUGGAGUUGUUCAAUAUUUUCUGCAUAAAUAUUACGUUUGCGUGCGUUCUCUACGCAAGGUAGCUGUCGACUUGUCAAGUACUGUCGUACAGGUGGGAAUAGCUGUCA